UCUAGAGGAGAGAGAAAGUGAAGAAAGAAUCAUAAAAAAAAAAUACUUUACGAAACCGAUGUCUUCGUCUUCAUCAGAUUCCACGGCGGCGCGUGAUCAACAUGCGCCACUGCUCCGCCCGCGCCAAGACGGCUCUCCUUCUUCAGCCCGGCCUACGGCUCUCGCCGUUCUCUUGGGACGGAUCACCGGCCACCGAGCUCCGUCGAUGCUGGUGAGAGAGACGGCGGCGCGUGCUUUAGAGGAGAGACGCAUCGACUGGGGCUACUCGAAGCCUGUAGUCGCCGCUGAUAUACUGUGGAACGCUGCUCUGGUGGUUGCAUCAGCGGUUAUGCUUGUCGGUACAAUCGAAGAAAGGCCUAACGAGCCGAUUCGGGUCUGGAUCUGCGGCUAUGGGUUACAGUGCUUGAUCCAUGUGGUUUUGGUUUGGUCCGAGUAUUGGAGGAGAAACACGAGCCGUAGAGCUAGGGAUUUGGAGUCCGGAGAUCCUCAAGGGCUUUUGGAUUACAGUGAGUAUGAUUAUGAAGAAGACGCUGACAAUUCAGCAACCUACAGUUUUGCGAAAAGAUGUGAGUCGAUAAACACUGUGAUAUCGUUCAUAUGGUGGAUAAUCGGAUUCUACUGGGUUGUAGACGGUGGAGAUCGGCUUUUAGCAGAAGCUCCUAACCUUUACUGGUUGUCAGUGAUUUUCCUGGCGAUUGACGUGUUCUUCGCCAUUUUCUGUGUCGUUUUGGCUUGCCUUGUUGGAAUAGCUCUUUGCUGUUGCCUCCCUUGCAUUAUCGCCCUUCUUUAUGCCGUUGCAGGAACAGAAGGAGUAUCUGAAGCAGAGCUUGGUGUUCUUCCCAUGUACAAAUUUCACGCUUUCCAUAGCAACGAGAAGAACACUACCGGAACUGGUAAAAUGGUUCCUGUUCCGAUCAAUGGCUUAUGCUUAGCUACUGAAAGAACACUGCUUGCCGAGGAUGCGGACUGUUGUAUAUGCUUGAGCUCAUACGAGGAUGGAGCAGAGCUUCAUGCUCUUCCUUGCAACCACCAUUUCCAUUCCAACUGUAUCGUUAAAUGGCUAAAAAUGAGAGCAACAUGCCCUCUCUGCAAAUACAACAUUCUUAAAGGAACCACUGAUCAAUCUUGAAGAUGAAAUGCUAAAAAAGUAAAGACACAAGAUUCUGCACACAAGGGAACAAGUUCCAGUUUUUCCUCAAUUAAAACUCUUCUGUACAUAUAUGUAUAACAAUCAAAAUCAUGUAUCUUUUGUUAAAAGUAUUUUUAAAUGUAAAAGAUCAGAUUUUUCAAAUCA